CCGGAGCUGAGAGCAGGAGCUGGAAACUGGAAGUUCAGACAUGUGGCCAGUCCUGCCUCCGUAACGGGCGCUCGCGGGGGACAGCGCUCCGAUCACUGCUAGCCCGCCGCCUGCACACCCACGUGUCUGCCAGCAAUCUGGCCCAUCGGUCCUUUGCUUGUCUCCUGCUCCGUCUGUCUGUCUGUCUGUCCAGUCGUCUGUGAGUCACCGCACACCGUCUUGUGCACUGAUCCUGCCUCCUGGACCCACCCGGUGGCAGCCAUGGCCCGGAGCCGUGGGGUGGUGGUCGGUGCGGUCCUGCUGGGGCUGGGGCUGGCCCUGGCCGUCCUUGUGCCUGCUGUGCUCAUCUCUCGCCACCAGGCCCGCUGCGGCCCCGCUGCCUUUGCCCACGCUGCAGUUGCCAGCGACUCCAAGGUCUGCUCAGAUAUUGGACGAGCCAUCCUCCAGCAGCACGGCUCACCCGUGGAUGCUGCCAUCGCAGCUCUGGUCUGCACCGGGGCUGUCAACCCUCAGAGCAUGGGCCUGGGCGGAGGCGUCAUCUUCACCAUCUACAACGUGACCACAGGGAAGGUGGAGGUCAUCAAUGCCAGGGAGACGGUGCCCAACAGCUAUGUCCCGGGUCUGCUGGACCAGUGCGAGCAGGCCCAGCCACUGGGCACAGGGGCCCAGUGGGUCGGGGUACCCGGGGAGCUCCGUGGCUACGCCGAGGCCCACCGCCGCCACGGCCGCCUGCCCUGGGCACAGCUGUUCCAGCCCACCAUCGCGCUGCUCCGAGGGGGCUACCGCAUGCCCCCCAUCCUCAGUCACUUCCUGCAGAAUGACCUCCUGCGGCCUUCCUUGUAUAAGUCGUCCUUGAGGCAGCUCUUCUUCAAUGGGACAGAACCCCUGAGGCCUCAGGAUCCAUUCCCGUGGCCUGCGCUGGCCACGACCCUGGAGACUGUGGCCACAGAGGGCGCAGAGGCCUUCUACAGAGGGAAGCUGGGCCAGACACUGCUGGACGACAUUGCCAGGGAAGGCAGCCGGCUGACCCUGCAGGACCUGGCAUCGUUCCAGCCAGAAGUGGUGGAUGCCCUGGCAGUGCCCCUGGGAGACUAUACCCUGUACUCACCACCACCGCCCGCGGGGGGCGCAAUUCUCAGCUUCAUCCUCAAUGUCCUCAAAGGGUUCAACUUUUCCUCUGAGUCAGUGGCCAGGCCAGAGGGGAGCGUGAACUUGUACCAUCACCUUGUGGAGACACUCAAGUUUGCCGGGGGACAGAGGUGGCGACUGUGGGACCCUCGCAGCCACCUGGAAGUGCAGAACGCCUCCCAGGACCUGCUGGGGGAGGCUCUAGCCCAGCACAUCCGCCAGCAGAUCGAUGCCCGGGGUGACCACCAGCUUAGCCACUACAACCUGGCUGGGGCCGGGGGCCCCAGCACGGGCACAGCGCACGUGUCCGUGCUGGGGGAGGACGGCAGCGCUGUGGCCGCCACCAGCACCAUCAACACGCCCUUCGGCGCGAUGGUGUACUCGCCGCACACAGGCAUCCUCCUCAACAACGAGCUCCUGGACCUGUGCUGGAGGCAGCGGCAGGGUUCUGGAGUGGCCCCGCCCCCCGUUCCAGGUGAGCGGCCCCCAUCGUCCAUGGUCCCCUCCAUCCUGGUCAAUGCAGCCCAGGGGUCGAAGCUGGUGAUUGGUGGGGCUGGGGGGGAGCUCAUCACCUCUGCUGUGGCCCAGGCCAUUAUAAACAAGCUGUGGCUGGGCUUUGACCUGCGAGCAGCCAUUGUAGCCCCCAUCCUGCAUGUGGACGACAAGGGCCAGGUGGAAUACGAGCCCGGCUUCAGCCAGGAGGUACAGAAGGGGCUCCAGGCCCGGGGCCAGAACCAGACCGGGAGGCUCUUCUUCCUGAACGUGGUCCAGGCCGUGUCCCAGGAGGGGGCCUGUGUGCAUGCUGUGGCCGACCCCAGGAAGGGCGGCGAGGCCUCCGGCUACUGAGGCUAGGAGAAGGUUGGAUGAAGGGGCACCUCAGCCCCCAGCCCCAACAACAGCCAUGUUCUCGCUGUUGACCUUUGGGGUGGAACACCCAUUGCUGGGGAGCUGUCCUCCCCCUGCAGGGUGCUGAGCAGCAUCUCUGGCCUCUACCUGCGAGAUGCAGCAGCCACCGCCCCCCCGCCCCCCGCCAGCAGCCACAGCACCCCAAGAUGAGAACCACUGCUCUGGACCGACGAGCCUCCAACCACUGUGAUGGGCUUUGCCAGCUCCUGCAUGGGCCACCCUCCCUGGGCAGACCCCUCUGGACUGGCCUGGGCAUCCUCGCCCACAAUGGUUCCUGGGAGCAUCUGAUGUUCCCCAGACGUUCAGUGUCACAAUGUCAGGAUUCUGGGAGAAAGAGCCAGAAACAUUCCCACUGCACGUGAUGCUCCCUGACGGCUCGGCAUCCCCAGGAGGGCUACACCUGGGGCGCUCGGCCUUCACCUUCCGACGCCAGCACUUCCCAGCGAGCUUUGUGGACUGUCUCGUACUGUAGCUUCUAGAGAAGAGAGGAGCACCGCUUAGCCAAGAACAUCAUGGCUCGUAAAAUACACGUGGCCGGGUACUGCCUUCCAUUCAACUAUUUUAAGUUUGUUUUCUCACACUGAGUGCCUGCUGCUCCCAAAUAUGCAAGAAUAACUUUUGCACUUUCCUCCUCCAACACUUGUUGAUUGGCUUUGCAGAAAUAAAGGUUUAAAAUAAAAUUAAAAACGAAAAUUGAAAUAA